GAACUUUCCGCUCGCAGAUUAAAGCGCUGGAAUGUUGCAUUGUAUCAUUGGCGUCGGAAAAGCGCUUUGAAUGUAAUGCGAGGAAUGGAACGACUCGUCAGUUUGUUAUGCUUUUAUUCUAGAUAGUAAAUUAUGCAUGAGUACAUAGGCAGCCAAGCUCCAUGCGUCAAUAUUGUGGAUUUGUCAUCCGAAAACAUGCGAGAAGACGCGGAUUUGACGGGAUUUAUCCGUUUGGGAAGUUUGUGACAGUGUCCUUAUGACCCACGCGCAAGAGAUGACAUCUAUCUCUAAUCCAUCACUGGGAAUACUGCCAUAAUAAUCUACCUGACCUCUCUGAAUGUUGGUGUCGCCCACAUGCACUGGAUUUGGGAUUGGAAUCACAAGGUGGACGUUGCGCGCAUCAGAUCCCUGCAGGUUUGUGGAGGAUGCUGCCCAGCUGGAGCUGAGAAGAUCUUUGGAUUCACCAUCAAACAUCUCCAUCUUGAUCGAAGGACACAUGCAGGCCAAAAAACGCUAUUUAAUUCUCUUCUCGGUUGGCUUAUGUCUCAUUCUGCUCAUCUUCCUGCAUGGACCAGCUUCCAGAAGGAGCCCAAACCGAAGGGAUGACCCGCAUCCACACUGGCCCCACUUCUCCGAUCCUUUACGAGCCUUCAUACCCUGGGAUCAGACCUCAACCGAGGACUAUAAUGUCCGGACAUCUCCGAGACACAAGAGAGAUGACAACCCUGGAGUUGUCAAGUGUGGUAUGGACUCCUGCUUUGAUUUCGCCAUAUGUAAGAGGAAUGGCUUCAAAGUUUACGUCUAUCCGCAACAAAAGGGCGAGAAGAUCUCCGAAAGCUACCAAAACAUCUUAUCCUCUAUCGAAAGCUCCAGGUUCUAUACUUCUGACCCGGGACAGGCUUGUCUCUUUGUCCUGAACUUGGACACCCUGGAUCGGGACCAGCUGUCCCCACAGUAUGUGCAUAACCUCAGAACUAAGAUACAGAACUUGAAUCUGUGGAAUAACGGGAGGAACCAUCUCAUAUUUAACCUUUACUCUGGAACGUGGCCGGAUUACACAGAGGAUCUGGGGUUUGACAUCGGUCAGGCCAUGUUGGCCAAAGCCAGCAUCAGCACCGAGAACUUCAGACCCAACUUUGACAUCUCCAUCCCCUUGUUCUCCAAAGAUCACCCCAGGACUGGAGGGGAAAGAGGGUAUUUAAAGUACAACACCAUCCCUCCUUUUAGGAAAUAUAUGCUGGUUUUUAAAGGCAAGCGCUAUUUGACUGGAAUUGGAUCAGAUACUAGGAAUGCGCUUUACCAUAUACAUAAUGCAGAAGAUGUGGUGCUGCUCACCACAUGCAAACAUGGCAAAGACUGGCAGAAACAUAAAGAUGCCCGCUGCGACAAGGACAAUGCUGAGUAUGACAGGUAUGACUAUAAAGAAAUGCUUCACAACUCCACAUUCUGUCUAGUGCCAAGAGGACGUCGCCUCGGCUCUUUCCGUUUCCUAGAAGCACUGCAGGCUGCUUGCGUUCCCGUGGUGCUCAGUAAUGGCUGGGAGCUGCCCUUCUCGGAGAUUAUCGACUGGCGUACGGCUGCAGUCAUUGGAGAUGAGAGACUUCUGCUACAGAUUCCAUCUACAGUCCGUUCCAUCCAUCAAGAUCGCAUACUCUCUCUCCGCCAGCAGACGCAGUUCCUGUGGGAAGCAUACUUCUCUUCUGUAGAGAAAAUUGUUCUCACUACACUGGAGAUCAUCCAGGAUCGGGUGUUGCAGCACAAUGCCCGCAGCACGCUGAUGUGGAACCGGCUGCCAGGCGGACUCUUCUCCCUGCCACAGUACUCGUCCUACUUGGGCGACUUCCCCUUCUUCUAUGCCGAACUCGGUGUCAAACCACAGCAGAAAUUUACAGCCAUCAUUCACGCAGUGACGCCUCUCGUAUCUCAGUCACAACCGAUUUUCAAGCUGCUAGUGGCUGUGGCCAAAUCACAGUACUGUGCGCAGAUCAUUGUCCUGUGGAACUGUGACAAGCCCCUGCCAGCAAAGCACCGCUGGCCCACCACAUCUGUCCCGGUCAUUGUAAUUGAGGGCGAGAGCAAGGUGAUGAGCAGCCGUUUCCUGCCAUAUGAUGUCAUCAAAACAGAUGCGGUCUUGAGUCUGGAUGAAGACACCGUGCUCUCUACUACUGAGGUGGAUUUUGCCUUUACUGUUUGGCAAAGUUUCCCAGAGAGGAUUGUGGGAUACCCCGCACGCAGUCAUUUCUGGGACGUCAACAAAGAGCGCUGGGGCUACACCUCCAAAUGGACCAAUGACUACUCCAUGGUGCUCACUGGAGCUGCUCUCUACCACAGGUAUUAUAACUACUUGUACACCCACUACCUGCCUGCUAGCCUAAAGGGCAUGGUGGACCAGCUCUCCAACUGUGAAGACAUUCUCAUUAACUUUCUAGUGUCUGCUGUCACUAAGAUGCCCCCUAUCAAGGUCACUCAAAAGAAACAGUACAAGGAGACGAUGAUGGGACAGGCGUCACGUGCAUCUCGUUGGGCAGACCCCGACCACUUUGCCCAGCGGCAGACGUGCAUGAACAAAUUUGCCAGCUGGUUUGGCACCAUGCCCCUGGUCCAUUCACAGAUGAGACUUGAUCCCGUUCUGUUCAAGGACCAGGUAUCGAUACUGCGCAAGAAAUACAGAGACAUCGAAAGACUCUGAUGAAGCUGAAACCACCCUCCUUUUAAAUGAGGAUAAGGCAUUUCAGAAACCUACCAGAACCCUGCUCCAGAAAAAAAAUGGGGUGAAAAUGGGAGGCAUGGAGAGCCUCAGGCAGGCAGGAAAUCAAGAUGGGGGAGCAUUGUGCUUGACGAAGACCUGUCUGUCACUGAGCGUCUGAAUUUAGCAGAAAUGUGUGAAAUCUUUAAUGAAAAUGGUUGAAAUUCAGACGCUACAUCAUUGUAAGCGAAGUCCAAUUCAAUAUUACGUUGAUGUCAUUUGAAUGACAAAGAAACGCCAACACUGGCUGCGUUCUGUCUUCCAAGCCCCCUCUUGUGAUGCUUUGCCAAUGACGAUGGCGACCAUGGCAACCUAGCCCGUGAUGGGCAGCCAUGCACACAAAUCUAUGUGCCACCGAAAUAUGGACUACACAGACCAGUUUUAGCUUCUGGAACAGACGUGAGACCUUUGCGUUCGAUAACUUUGGCUGGAGGGGUUACGGUGAGGUCACCUGCAAGCUGCUCAUGCAUAUUUAUUCCGUUUACCUCUGGCAGGCGCUGCUCCCUUCUUAAAGACGCAGGACGGUGGUCUGCGGGGAAAAAAGCUGGCGUGCAAGACCGCCUCACACUACAUCACAGUGCCUGAACUUUCAGAUGGAUUGUAUCUGGGAGUCUAAAGGAGGUUUUGUAUGCAUGCAAAACACCUUGUUCAUGCUGCUUAUAUUUGCAUUAAGUGUAUAGAAAUGGGAGGUGUUUCACAAAUUUGCCCAAAGUUUCUUUUUCUUCCUUUCCAUAUGAGCCUUUUGGUGUAUUUUGUUGAAUUAACAUAUUUUUUGGAUGAUUCAGACUCAGUGCUACAAACAUCUCACAGUUUCUGUCUGUUUUUUUAUCGCCUAAUUGUCACAAGUGCAAUGCCAUAUCACUGCCCAUGUUCACACUGCAGCUUGAUACAGGUGUCACUCCUCUUGAGAGUGUUUAAUCCUGUUCGAGUGAUAACCAUACAACUGAAUUUACUCUAGGUAGUGACAACCACAUUUACAUUAAAGAAAUAGUUCACCCAAAAAUGAAAAUUCUUUCAUAAUUUACUCAUGGUCUGUGUUAUGCGAAAAACAGCGGAACACACACAAAAACAACGGAGUGACUAUGUGCACCCCAGUGUAAAUAUCAUCUGCCACACAGUACUGCUAUUUGCACCCCAUUGGUCUGGUGAAACCACAGGAAUAAAUGGCAAACUAGACAAUAGGUGUCGCUGCAUUGGCGUGGGGUGUAAAGAGGGUGUGAAUGUGUGUUGUUGUCAUAGCGACCCCGGUUCGAUUCUGCAUUUUGUCCCACUCUUUUUCCCAUCCGAUUUCCUGUUUCCACUCUUAAUAUUUAUUUUAAUACUACUUAAAUUAAUAGAUAAAAUGAAUAUAAAUGUUGAUUUCAUCGCAGUGAUUUGGUCACGGUAAAUGUCGGUGAGUGCAGAGAAGGGUCUGAUCUGGAGGCGGGGUCUGUCGAUCUCAUUCGUUCCUGCGACUCAGCGUCGCUUGUGUGUAGAUUGCAUCACUGUAUUACUAUAGCAGUAAUAUUGUAGUAACCAUGUUUUUUGGUAGAAACCAUAGUUUUAAUGCAAUUAACCAUGGUGUUACUACAGUAAUAUGGUGGUAAUAUAGUAACCAUGGCUAAUUUUGUGGUUACUGUAAAUUUACAAAAAUUUACAAUUUAAAUUUAAAGUAUCAUAAAAGUAGUCCAUGUAGCUCGGACGUCAUAGCAACAACCCAAAAUGUAAGUCAUUUGACUGUGAAAAUCUUGAUGGCCAUUUCAUGUCCAUUCAUGAGCAUUAAGAGAAGGCUAUUCACAGUGGCCUGCAUGUUAGCAUGAAUACUUUUGUUGAUUAGCACUAAAAAAACUUGCGUUAAUUAACACAAAAAAACAACGCAAUUCUGUUUAAAAAAACAUGUUUAAACAAUACCAAACUGGUUAAACUGUUGCCAUCCAUUUUUCUUGUUUACAGCCACGAGAUGCCAAAAUAUUUGCUAUUGUAAUCACAGUCAACUAUCGCAAUUUCAGGAGUUACUCCAGUAUUCCGUUAACACACAACAAUUUAGUGGAUCAAUCCUCCAUUUAAAUGCGAUUGUCACUCCCAAAUCUUUGCAGUGUGCACAUGGCCGGUAUGUUUUUCUGUAAUGACACGCUCAAUGUCCAAGCACAUAUGAUAUGUAGUUGUAAUGACAAAUUUAACACUAGUUUUGCUUUAGCACACAGUAUGGAUGAAGCAAAUCUAAUCAAACAAAUCAAAUGGAAUAAAUAUUUGAACAAUAAUGGAUUGUGCAGAUGGGAGAGGACAUUGUUCAUUCAGAGCUUCAGGUCUAGUUGAGUUCUAGUCUUCCAUUGAUUUUCAGUUAAGAAAGAGGUAUAAACUCAAUGUCGCUCAUAUCCUUCUUUAGAUUUUGAUGGAUAAAACAGGUUGACCCAACGGAAACAGAUUUAAAAGUACUGUUGUCCAAUAUCCAUCCAUGUCAACAUGGAUCUGAGUCAGAACAGAUGCCAUAUUUAAUGUGAUAAAUGAUAUUCAGUCAUUGAAGUACUCUGUUAAUACAGUAUCGUCAUAUAUGAAUAUGGUAAUCAAUCAGUACCAUGGUAUAGAUCAAAGUACAAUGUUUGUUUUUCUUCAUCUGAUACCAUCACUGCACCAUGGUGCUGCCACUGUAUUUUUUUGAGUACCGCUUCAUCAGUUUGAGUCACUUUAACCCAGAAACGCAUUUUGAGUGUGUUAUGCACUAAAAUAAAAAUGAUUUAAUUGUUAUGUUUCUACUUCAGACUGCUGCAGAUAUAUACAGUAUAUAUUCAUUUUAAAGUUGGCUGAGACGUUCCCUUUUACUUUAGUGCAUAAAGCUAAAAAUGUGUUUCUGGGUCAAAGUGACUCAAAAUAUUUGGAUUCAUUCAAAUUGGCUUUACUUUGAAACAUUCGUUUUCUCUGGAUUGUGCGAGGCUCUUCUUCAUUAGGAAAACAUGGAGUAAGAAACUGGCUUUUGCAGUUUUCUUUUUAAGUAAAGUUAAAAACCGACUUCACAACACAGAGAAAUCAGUUUAGUCUCAGUAUUAUUGAAAGCACAGAGGUGAAAACGGUGCAGGUAGAGUAAUUCUAGUUAACUGGACGUGUGUCAAUCCUAGCUUGAGAUGUUGCGAUGCCGCUCGUCCAAGUAAAAUCAGCUGUAAAAUGUUGGUGGAAAUUUCAAGACACCUAUCUUGGCAUCAUAGCGCUCUCAAAUUGCUGUGAUAGUCGCUUCACUGAUGGUGUGAAUCGGUGAGAAACUGUGGCUAGUGAUUCUCCAAAUGUGAUGACGUUUAUGUGAGGUUCACUUAUAUGAGUGUUUCUUAAUUAUGGGCACUUUUAAUCCUGUGGACUUCUCGAAAAUAAACUCAGUAGACACUUCACACUGUCUCCAAAUGUAUUUGUCCUCUAGCAAUGUCCAACAGAUUUACAUGCAUCACAUGAGAAUUGUGUCUUUUUUGACAUUUUGUUCAUUUCAUUUUCAGUCAUUUAAAACACAUAUGAAAUGAAUGUGUGGCAGAAAUUACUUUUUACACAUGACUUUUUACUGCCAAUGAAAUGGCAGGAAUUUGUUUUUACAAAUGUGUUAAAAUCAAAUCAUUUUCAAGUAUUAAAAUGUUUUUUGUUUAUUUUACUCUUUUGUUUAGGUUACCAUAGUUUUUAGAAAUGUAAUCAUAUUUUUAUGAUUGAUUUGUUUAUAUUUUAAGGAAAAACAAUGAAAUCUAUACAAAUAAAAGGCAUUUAAAAAGCAGGAAGGCAUGAUAUAAAGUGUCCAUGACAGCUUAAUGGCCUUCAUAUAACAAAGAGAAGUUCAAAUCUGUUAGGAAUAGUGAAAAUAAACCCCUGGGACAUAAAAGUGCACGUACUUUAUGAAUCACACAUAUAGGAUUCAAUCAAGUUUAUAUAUGUCCUGUUACUAAGCUUCUUUUUUUUUUUUUUUGGU